GUAACGCCAACAAGCGUUGUUUCCAAGAUGGCGGCGCCCGUGAUGCAAACAUGUCAUGUUGCAUGCUGUGCAAAUAGGACCCCAAAUGUUCUUUCAUGGGGUCGCGGAGGCAUAAUUGCUUUUGGGACGUGUAACUCAGUGGCUUUGUACAGUCCACAGAAAAGAAACGUUGUUGCUGUAUUAAAUGGACACCGAGGCAGAGUGAACUCAGUCCAGUGGGUUUACAGAGAUGACAGUGGUCCCGAAAAUCAUCUUGUGUCCGGAGGCUCGGACAACAGACUCAUUGUGUGGGCGGCGACUAAAGAUGAUAACUUCAGCCAGUGUCUGGAGUGUGUUGGCCAUACUGGUCCAGUAUCCGCUGUGGACGCCAUCUACCUGGAGGACCCCACGCAGAUCCUGGUGGCUUCAGCUGCAGCCGACUCCACCGUCAGGCUGUGGCUCGUGGAGGGUUCACAAGUGGAGUGCCUCCAUACUUUAUCAUUUGGCAGCGGCUUCAUGAUGGAUGUGUCUCUGGUGCUGUUGCCAGGCAGCAGAGUUCCAAUACUGGCCUGUGGGGGAAACGACUCUCGGGUCCACAUCUACGUGCUGUUCAAUGGAGAGCUCAAUAAGGUGAUGUCACUGCAGGGCCACGAGGACUGGGUGCGAGGGUUGGAGUGGGCUUCCAUAGACGAGGAGCUGCUAUUAGCCAGCUGUGCCCAGGACUGUAUGAUCCGGAUGUGGCGGCUACGUGAGGGGGCUGGCAGCGAUGCCCGCCCAGAGGACAAUCACAGCAUCAUCAGAAUGAAAGAGGACGUUUUUGAAGUGAAGGAGAGAGUGUUUGCCGUGUCCCUGGAGACUGUCCUCGCUGGCCACGAGAACUGGGUCUACGGAGUCCACUGGCAGCCUCCACGAUACGAAGGCGGCAGGCGGCUACAGCCUCUCAGCCUGCUCUCCGCCUCCAUGGACAAGACCAUGAUCCUCUGGGCUCCGGAGGAGGCGUCGGGGGUCUGGGUGGAGCAGGUGCGCGUAGGGGAGGUUGGCGGCAACACUCUGGGCUUCUACGGCUGCCAGAUGGGCCCCGACGGCUCCAUGAUCGUGGCUCACGCCUUCCACGGCGCCCUGCAUCUCUGGCACAAGCGCCAGGACAGAGAGGGGGAGUGGAGUCCAGGCGUGGUGAUGUCCGGCCACUUCAACGCCGUCCAGGACCUGAGCUGGGACCCUGAGGGGGAAUACCUGCUGAGCGUGGGCUCAGACCAGACCGCCAGGCUGCUGACCCCCUGGAAGCAGAAAGAUGGGACGCAGACCAGCUGGCACGAGAUCUCGCGGCCCCAGAUCCACGGCUACGACAUGCAGUGUCUGGCCACGGUGGGACGCUUCCAGUUCGUGUCAGGCGCCGACGAAAAGGUCCUGCGGGUGUUCCGUGCCCCGCGGAACUUUGUGGAGAACUUCGCCAACAUAUCCGGCGCGUCCCUGGAUAAGCUGCUGGCGUCCAGCGACGCAGCAGAUCUUCCCGAGGGGGCGAGCACGCCCGCUCUAGGCCUCUCCAACAAGGCUGUAUUCCAAGGUGACCUCGCUCCAAAGAUCAACGAGCAGCAGGAGCAGCUGAGUUGUGUUUCAGACCAGUAUCGCGAGACUUACUUUCACCCGCUGAACCUCACGGAGCCCCCACCUGAGGACCACCUCCUCCAGAACACCCUUUGGCCUGAAGUUCAAAAGCUGUACGGACACGGCUUUGAGAUGUACUGUCUGGCGUCGGACAGCGCCAACACGGUGGUGGCCUCCGCAUGCAAGGCGUCCAAGGCGGAGCACGCGGCCGUGAUGCUGUGGAGCUCCGCCUCCUGGCGUCAGCUGCAGUCGCUGCCCUGCCACGCCCUCACCGUAACCCAGAUGGCCUUCUCCCCCGAUGCCCAGCUGCUAUUGGCCGUGUCCCGCGACCGCACCUGGUCGCUGUGGAGACGGGACCCGCCCACACCAGAUAGUGCGGAACCCAAUUUCUCCAUGUACACACACACGGAUAAGGACACUGCGGUGCACAGUCGGAUAAUCUGGUCGUGUGACUGGAGCCCGGACAGCCGGUACUUUGUCACGUCCAGCCGGGAUAAGAAGGUGAUCGUGUGGGGACCAUGUGUAUUGGGGACUCCUGGGGUCCCUCCCCCAGGAGUCCACCACUGCUCCUCCAUACUGGACGUUGGGGACUCUGCCACCGCCGUGGCCUUCUGCCCCGAGCUCUGCUCUGAUGACAGCUACCUGAUGGCGGUUGGCUUGGACAGCGGAAAGAUCCUCCUGUACAAGUGGAGCCCCCCCCAGGAACCCACCGGGGGGCACGACUGGACCAAAUGUGCAGAAACAGACCUUGUACAGAGCCACACGCUGACGGUGAAGAGGCUGCGCUGGAGGCCCCGGGCGGGCCGGGCCGGGCAGCAGGGCCCCGGGGCCCCCAGCCGGGCCGGGGGGGAGGCAGGUGGCGAGGAGAGCUGCUGGCUCCAGCUGGCCAGCGCCGGGGCCGACCACGCCGUCAAGAUCCUCAAUGUCAACCGCCACACCCUUGAGGCUAACGACUGAACGGACCCCCCCCUUGCUACAGCCAAAGCCACAGGGAGCGCUGGUAGCUUGGAAGACAACGGCCCCCCCCGACCGUCUGAGCUGAUGUAUGGGCGCUGGAGGGCUUUAGGCAGGACAUGGGGUCGACCCCUAGCCGAACAUUUCACCUGGACGACUCCCUGUGUUUUCCUCUUCAUCCUUCCAUCUUCAAAUGGGUGAAGCAGUACAGUUGUAUGCCUACUCCUCAGUCUUCUGUGUUCUCUGUGGAUCAGAUAAUCCUACUCGACAGCCUAAUUGGUUGGAACAUGUAUUAUUUGACGCCAAACAUUAUAUAUGACCGAUACAUGACUGUGUUGUACCUUGUAUUGAAUCACUUUUAAGUUUGAUAUCCACGUGCCGGCUGAUUCAAUAAAUCUCUCUUGCUGCUCCAA